AGCCGUACUCGAUUCUGGUCCAAUGAAAUCAACACUGGCAUAUGCUUUUGUUGAAGUUACUGUUUUUAUAAAUUUUUUCUCCAUGCUCUUUUACUGAGAAAAAGAUCUUUAAACUGCAAUUCAAAAAGUGUAUUUAUUGCAGUUUACAUUUCUCUUUAUAAAGUGGGAGGAUUCAACUGCAAACAUUAACGAUCACUACUGUACACAGUAAGAACCGCGAAAGAAAUGUGAGCAACCAGUUCAAACCGGUUACUGAAAGUAUAUAUUAAAUCAUAUCUGGUUCCGUUGAAAGUGGAUAAACACGCUUUCAAAGUUUGACCUGUUAAAAAAAGGUGGCAUUUUUUGUUUGGUAGCACUAUAUGACAACUGUCAGAGUGGAUGGGAUGAAGCAGCCUGUUGCAUUUGGACACCCAGUCAAUGGGAACAUGGCAAACAUGGUGGACCAAGCAGCACGGCUUUUGGACUUCUCACAGAAACUUGACAUCAAUCUUCUGGAUAAUAUUGUGAAUUGCAUGUAUACGGGAGAAGGUCCAGAACAAAAAAUAGCGCAAGAAGUUUUGACUGCUUUAAAAGAACAUCCUGAUGCAUGGACUAGAGUGGAUACUAUUUUGGAGUUUUCAAAAAAUCAACAAACCAAAUAUUAUGGUUUACAAAUCUUAGAAAAUGUCAUCAAAACACGAUGGAAAGUUCUGCCGAGAAAUCAGUGUGAAGGAAUAAAAAAGUACAUUGUUGGAUUAAUCAUCAAAACAUCUUCAGAUCCUCAAAGCUUAGAAGGUGAAAAAGUAUACUUGAACAAAUUAAAUAUGAUUCUUGUUCAGAUUUUGAAACGAGAAUGGCCUAAGAACUGGCCAACGUUUAUCAAUGAUAUCGUGGGUGCAAGUAAGACCAAUGAAAGCCUUUGUCAGAACAACAUGAACAUAUUGAAGCUUCUGAGUGAAGAAGUUUUUGAUUUUUCAAGUGGGCAAAUGACACAAGCCAAAGCAAAACACUUAAAGGAUACCAUGUGUAAUGAGUUCUCUCAGAUCUUUCAACUUUGUAAUUUUGUAAUGGAAAGUUCGCAAAAUGCUUUAUUAGUUCAUGCAACACUAGAAACUCUUCUCAGAUUUCUUAACUGGAUCCCACUAGGGUACAUUUUUGAAACAAAACUCAUCAGUACUUUGAUUUACAAAUUUCUCAAUGUUCCUAUGUUUCGAAAUGUCACACUCAAAUGCCUGACUGAGAUAGCUGGAGUCAGGGCCUCUCAUUAUAAUGAAAUGUUUGUUGUUCUUUUCACCCAAACAAUGGCCCAGUUGGAGCAGAUGUUGCCUCCAAGGACAAUUAUUAAAGAAGCUUAUGCCAAAGGUCAAGAUGAAGAACAAAAGUUCAUUCAAAAUCUUAGUUUGUUCUUGUGUACUUUUUUGAAAGAACAUGGAACCUUGAUCGAAAAGAAAACUGAACUUAAUGAAACACUUCUAAAGGCUCUUCACUAUUUACUUCUAAUAUCUGAAGUUGAGGAAGUUGAAAUAUUUAAAAUAUGCCUUGAGUAUUGGAAUGCAUUGGCAGCAGAUUUGUACCGUGAAAGUCCAUACAUGGCUGCUUCGCCUCUGAGUCUACCACAUCCAAAUUCAGUUGUCCCUUUACGGAGGCAAUUGUAUAAAGAAGUACUCACAAAAUUGAGGUACAUAAUGAUAGGAAGGAUGGCAAAACCAGAAGAAGUACUUGUAGUAGAAAAUGAGCAAGGAGAAGUAGUUCGUGAAUUUAUGAAAGAUACAGAUUCAAUUCAGUUGUAUAAAAAUAUGAGAGAGACUUUAGUGUACCUUACCCAUUUGGAUUAUGCUGAUACUGAGCGAAUAAUGACAGAAAAACUGCAUAAUCAAGUGAAUGGCUCUGAAUGGUCAAGGAAGAAUUUGAAUACUCUAUGUUGGGCUAUUGGAUCUAUUAGUGGAGCUAUGUAUGAAGAAGAUGAGAAAAGGUUUCUAGUCACUGUUAUAAAGGAUCUUCUUGGACUUUGCGAGCAGAAACGUGGCAAAGAUAACAAAGCUAUAAUUGCAUCAAACAUAAUGUAUGUUGUUGGCCAAUACCCAAGAUUUUUGAGAGCUCACUGGAAAUUUUUAAAGACAGUUGUAAAUAAAUUAUUUGAAUUCAUGCAUGAAACUCAUGAUGGUGUUCAAGACAUGGCUUGUGAUACAUUCAUAAAAAUUGCACAGAAGUGUCGGAGGCAUUUUGUACAGGUUCAAGUUAGUGAAGUGCAUCCCUUUAUUGAAGAAAUCUUAAGUAGUAUCAACACAAUUAUUUGUGAUCUACAACCUCAACAAGUCCAUACAUUUUAUGAAGCUAUUGGUUGCAUGAUUGCUGCUCAUAAUGACCUAACUGUGCAAGAAAAUUUGAUUGAGAAAUAUAUGAGUCUUCCAAAUGAAGUAUGGGAUGCCAGAAUUCAACAAGCAACAAAGUCAGUUGAUGUGUUAAAAGAUCCUGAUGCAGUAAAACAACUUGGAAAUAUUUUAAAAACAAAUGUAAGAGCGUGUAAAGCUCUUGGACAUCCAUACGUCAUCCAGCUUGGUCGUAUCUAUUUGGAUAUGCUAAAUGUAUAUAAAGUAAUGAGUGAAAACAUCAGUGCAGCUAUUAGUCUAAACGGAGAGAUUAUUACUAAGCAACCUUUAAUUCGAAGUAUGCGAAAUGUGAAGAAAGAAACAUUAAAAUUAAUAUCUGGAUGGGUCAGCAGAUCUACAGAUCCUACUGUGGUUUUAGAAGAUUUUAUCCCACCUUUACUUGAUGUAGUAUUGCUAGACUAUCAGAGGUGUCCUAUUGCUUCAGCUCGUGAACCAGAAGUAUUAUCAACCAUGGCAACUAUAGUGAAUCGGCUAGAAGCUCAUAUAACUCCAGAAAUUCCCAAGAUAUUUGAUGCAGUUUUUGAAUGUACUCUAGAUAUGAUCAACAAAGAUUUUGAAGAAUUUCCGGAGCACCGAACAAAUUUCUUCCUCCUUCUGCAAGCAGCUGUUACACAUUGCUUCCCAGCUUUACUAAACAUACGAGCUGCUCAGUUCAAGCUUGUGCUCGACUCCAUUAUUUGGGCUUUCAAACACACCAUGAGGAAUGUCGCAGAUACUGGUUUGCAAAUUUUGUACCAGUUAUUACAAAAUAUAGCAAUAAGAGAGGCUGCAGCACAGAGCUUCUAUCAGACUUAUUACACAGACAUCUUACAACAUUUAUUUUCUGUUGUUACAGAUACAUCUCAUACGGCAGGUUUAACAAUGCAGGCUACAAUACUGGCCUACAUGUUCAGUAUGGUAGAAAGUGGGAAGAUUACUGUGCCAUUAAAUCCUGUAGAGCAAGCGGAUGGUAAACCAAACAUUGCUUUCGUCCAGGAUUUUGUUGCACGAUUGUUGAAAACAGCUUUUGGACAUUUGUCAGAUGCUCAGAUCAAAAUUACAGUCCAAGGUUUUUUUAAUUUGGAUCAAGACAUUACAGCAUUUAAAGAACACUUAAGAGAUUUUCUAGUGCAAAUCAGAGAAUUUGCAGGUGAAGAUGACAGUGAUCUUUUCUUGGAAGAUAGAGAGACUGCUUUACGAAUAGCAGAGGAAGAGAAAAGAAAGAUACAGAGUUCUGUCCCUGGUAUAAUAAAUCCUCACGAAAUCCCCGAGGAUAUGCAGGACUGAUAAGCAUUGUUGCAACCAAAUCAGAGCAUUACCUAAGCCAUGUUCUCAUCUCUUAACAUUUCAUCGUGCGUUUGAAUUCAGAUCUUAAGUUUUAUUUAAGAAAAAAAGUUUUGUGAAAUUUAGGUCAGAAUGUGUGUUGUGCAUAAUUGAGGAAAGAAUGCAGACAUCAUACCCAUAUUUUGUAGAUAAUCAACUUCUGUUUAUGAAUUUUGCAGCAACUGGUGCUUGAAAGUUCGAACUGCUUUAUGCCUGUAAAGAGUUUUGAUUACGUGCUGGGUUGUAUGUGGUUGUAAAUAGAACAUCAGUCAUAGUUUUGCAGAUAAAUUACUUCUGCGAAAAGAUAUCUCAUACUUGUUGGCCUUCUUUUCUAGGCCUUGUAAUGUUUGUGAAGUUGGCUGUAAAAAUACAUUUUAUUCUUCUUUUGCUCCCCAACUUACAGGAUAUAGAUGUUACCACACCUCAAAAUAUACUGUACUAGUUGGAGCUGGAUAAAUCAAGUCAAAAACACUUUAAUUUUAUUUUUUAACUGCGCAAGUUGUGUCGAUUGGUAGAAUGAAACUUAUGUUUGCAUUGCUGUAAGAGGGUAUGCAAGUGAAGAUUGAAUAAAAUAUUUCUAAUUAUAUGCAGAUGUGUUUAUAAGCUUUAUUACAUAGUACCAAGGGAGAUAUUUCUCUGAGUAUUUUAAAUGGUGAUAUUAUUGUCAGCAAAUGUCUUUUUGAAGUUGCACCCACUUUGUUUUAUAUGUGUCACAAAACUGAUUAUGUGUUCAUAAUAUUUCAUUGGAUUGAAAGCACAAAUUACUGUUUUUGCUUUCUACUAAAAACAUGACAUUCAUAUGUGUGUAGAGCAUGGUGUGUGUUUGGCAAAUCGGAGUGUCUGCAUAUUGUUUCUUUUGAUCUCCUCCCUCUCCUCCAAAAACAAUUUCUUUAGCUUAUUGUAUUCAAUUUUUUCCAUGUCACAAAUAAUAUAAUUUAAGUGCUUUAUUACAUACAUAUUCUUUGGAACGCAUGGCGGUAUUAUCAGUUGAAACUUGCUUUACCCAACAAAUGCCACAAACAAAGAAAACAUUGCAUGUGUCAUUGUUGAAUGAUGCAUUAAGAAAAAAAAUAAUUUGAAGCUUUUAAUGAAUAUGGAAGGGAAAAAAAAUUUACAGGUACUAUUCCAUUAAAAAUUUAAAGUAUUCCUUAAAAAUA